CUUGAAAAUUACCCUGAAUCCGAAUCCAUGAUCCGUUUAACUAAUCGGGUGAAGUCAAAGGUGCUGGUUUUAGGCUUUGCCUUCAGUAAACACACUCCUUGUGAAGCCGACUCGCUGCCAUUUUUCUUCGAUCAGGCGGUACGGAUCUCCGUUUCUAGAGUGAUGGUGGGCUGGCAGAGACAUUUGCAGUCCUUACUUCGCCAGGUUGGGAAAAGGGUGGAGCACAAUUACACUGCUCUUGCAAACUUUUCCUCUUCUUCUCGUGUGGAAUCCUCUUUUUUAACUGGCGAAUUACCAUAUUUACAGAGAUUAUGGAAAUCACCUUCUGCCAAUGUACUGAGGCCUUUCUAUCAGUAUUUGCAACAGUCGGGAAUCUCAAGUUCAAGGAAAUUACUAGCAGAUUCUUUUGAGGAAACACCCAUUCGAUCUCCACUGACUCCUGCUUUAACUCCACUAAGCAGUGGAAAAACUAAAGAACAGAAAGCAGUCUCUAAACCAUCAAAAGUUCAAGCAGUACUAAAGGGCAUAAAACAGAGUCCUAAGAAAGUCAAUUUGGUUGCUGCAUUAGUUCGUGGCAUGCGUGUUGAAGAUGCAUUGUUGCAGUUGCAAGUGACAAUAAAGCGAGCUUCAAAAACUGUCUACCAGGUUAUUCAUUCUGCUCGAGCAAAUGCGAUUCAUAAUCAUGGGUUGGAUCCAGAUCGUCUCCUUGUUGCUGAGGCAUUUGUUGGAAAGGGAUUUUAUAAGAAAAGAAUUGCUUGCCAUGCAAAGGGGAGACAUGGAAUUAAAGUAAGACCAGAGUGUCGACUGACAGUAGUAGUGAGAGAGACAACCUCUGAAGAGGAGGCUGAGAUUGCGAGGCUAAGAGUGCACAAUUUCCGCAAGCUCACUAAGCGGGAAAGGCGGCUCGUGCCACACAAGCUUAUUGAGACCACUCCAAUUUGGAAUCGCAAAGGCAAAACUGCUGAUCGUGAACCAAGUGGUAUGGCUUCAUAAGGUGGUCUUCCUUUUCAUGUUUCAUGUUGUGAUAGAAAGUUUUGUAGAAGUGUUAAAGAACUCCAUCCCAUGUUUUUGCACUUUCGUAGAGAUAGUACUGAAGAAUUGCAUAUGCCAAUGCGCUGGAAAGCGAGCAAUCUUGUUUUCAUCUUAGAUAAUGGUUGCAUGCUCAAAUCCUUCAAUAUCCAUGAUAUUUACCAGCGAAACAAAUUCAUUUUGGAUUUUUACGAA